UUUGUCUUUUUUUUUUUUGGUUAUGUCUCUCUCUUCAGAAACUAGUGAGAGCACUUGGGGUGUUUGCAGGAGGAAUCUUCUUCAUGCGUAACUAUGGUGAUCUCAUCAUGGCUGUCUGAAGAAACCUGAAAAUAACAAUGGAGGAGAGCAGGAGGAAUCUUCUUGUCUAAGACUUGAUGGUCUUGUUUCUGAUUUCACCAAUGUGAUAUAAGCAUCUAAGCUCAAGAUUUGUUUUUUUGUUCACAGUGAUUGGGAUUCUAUGAUAUGCUAAAGAAUUAAAUUUUUCAUUCACAAGUUGCGUUUUCAUCUAUUCACAAAGCUUAUGAUAUCUUUCUUUGUUCACAUUAAUAUCUAAAAUUUAACCAGGAUUUGUAAUCAUAAAUUCAAGUAAAAGGAAUAUUCUUUCAAAAACCAAAGAGUUUCUCUAUAUUCUAGGCCUAGUCGUAUUUUACACUGCAUCUUGGAAUAUACUUUAUUUGUUCUUUAGAUACGCUCCUAUAAUCUAUAUAAUGUUGAAUAUUGAGAACGUUUUGAGAGAAUUCAAGGUUGUAUUUGGAGGAGCUCUUAGGCGUAAUUCUCAGCCAUGGUCGUCAAGUGUCAGUUUCAAAGCCUCCACCAUGAUAUCUUCUUGUCGUUGCUUUCUUUGUUUAUUGUUUUUCUUGUGUCACUUUUUAGUGAGAUUUAGUGUAUGUUCUUUUGCAGGUUGUCUACCGUUGCUUUUACUGUCAUUGUUGAUUGCUGAAUGUGCCUCAAGGCCAUUGUAUACUCUCCCAAGUCUAGCAAAAGCUGGAACUAAGAAACCGCUUCAGACUUCUCGUCCAUUCAAUGUUGCACACCGAGGAGCAAACGGCGAGUUCCCUGAAGAAACUGCUCCUGCUUAUAUGGUAUUGCAUCCCUUCACUAAACUUUGUCCUGUUUCUUUAAGACCUAUGUAUCUUUUAUUGCAGAGGGCGAUUGAGGAAGGUGCAGAUUUCAUAGAAUCAGACAUUCUAUCUACCAAAGACGGUGUUCUGAUAUGUCAUCACGAUGUUAAUCUCGAUGAUACAACUGAUGUUGCUGACCACAAGGAGUUUGCUGACCGUAAGAGAACUUAUGAAGUCCAAGGGAUGAACAUGACCGGCUUCUUCACUGUUGAUUUUACUCUGGAGGAGCUGAAAACACUUGGAGCUAAGCAGAGGUAUCCUUUCAGGGAUCAACAGUACAAUGGUAAGUUCCCUAUUAUUACUUUGGAUGAGUAUAUAGCAAUAGCACUGGAUGCACCUAGAGUUGUUGGGAUAUAUCCAGAGAUCAAGAACCCUGUUUUCAUCAAUCAACAAGUGAAAUGGGCUGAUGGUAAAAAGUUUGAGGAUAAGAUUGUGGCAACUUUGAAGAAAUAUGGAUACAAAGGCUCAUAUAUGUCUAAAGACUGGCUAAAACAGCCAAUAUUCAUUCAGUCUUUUGCUGCAACUUCUCUAGUUUACAUUUCCAACAUGACAGACUCACCAAAGGUGUUCUUGAUUGAUGAUGUCACUAUCCUAACUGAAGACACUAAUAAGACAUACGCUGAGAUUACAUCAGACAAAUAUUUAGAUUACAUUAAACCAUAUGUGGUUGGGAUUGGUCCAUGGAAAGAUACUAUUGUUCCUGUGGAUAAUAACCGUCUGACCACACCAACGGAUUUGGUUGCAAGAGCUCAUUCACGUAACCUUCAGGUGCAUCCAUACACGUACCGUAACGAGAACCAGUUUCUGCAUUCCGGGUUUCAUCAAGAUGCGUAUUUGGAGUAUGAUUAUUGGAUCAACAAGAUUGGUGUUGAUGGUUUGUUCACUGACUUCACUGGAAGUCUCCACAAUUUCCAGGAGUUGACUGCUCCUUUGCCUAAGCUUCAGUGAUUGGCUCUUUAUGUUUUGCCUUAUCAAGUUAGUUAAUCUUCUGUUAGGUAUUUUUGUAGAAUCCUUUGAACUUUUCAUUCUCUUCAGUUUAAUAAAAAGAAGCAACUGCUUCUAUGUUGUUCACAAUGCCUUUGGAAUAACAGUCUAUAGAUGAUUGUUGAAAAA